CGAAGGACCCAGCUAGCCAUGCUGAAAUGUUGAUGGUGGAUUACAUUCAGUGUCGUUUAUGGGUGAACCGCAGAGGCUUGUCGGCUUUCAAGAAUAAAUAUUAUUUGAUGUGAUUUUACCAAAGCAUACCAGAUAUGGCGGAUGUGAAGGUGAAAAAGGAAUCUACGGAUCCAGUGGACAUUGAGAACAGGAUUAAGGAUUUGUGUGCCCAGUUCCCGCACGGAAUCACAGACCUCGUGAUCCAGAAUGACAUGCCCCACGUAGAGCCUCAGCAGCGGGCCAUGGCCAUCAACAGGCUGCUGUCGGUGGGUCAGCUGGACCUCCUGAGGAACAGUAAUGGCCUCCUCUAUAGAAUGAAAGACAACCAGUCAACAAGCAAGAUGAAGGGCUCCGACAACCAGGAGAAGCUGGUUUACCAGGUCAUAGAAGAUGCCGGAAACAAAGGCAUCUGGAGCAGAGAUAUCCGGUUCAAGAGCAACCUCCCUCUCACCGAGAUCAACAAGAUCCUCAAGAACCUGGAGAGCAAGAAGCUCAUCAAGGCCGUCAAAUCUGUCGCUGCCUCCAAGAAGAAGGUGUACAUGCUGUAUAACCUGCAGCCGGAUCGCUCGGUGACGGGCGGGGCCUGGUACAGCGACCAGGACUUUGAGUCGGAGUUUGUGGAGGUGCUCAACCAACAAUGCUUCAAAUUCCUGCAGAGCAAGGCUGAAGCGGCUAGAGACAGUAAGCAGUCUCCGAUGGUCCAGAGGAACAGCUCCUUCGCCACCUCCCACGAGGUCUGGAAGUACAUCUCAGAGCUGGGCAUCAGCAAGGUGGACCUGUCCAUGGAGGACAUCGAGACGAUCCUGAACACGCUGAUCUUCGACGGGAAGGUGGAGAUGACCAUCAUCGCCGCCAAAGAGGGCACGGUAGGCAGUGUGGACGGCCAGAUGAAGCUCUACCGCGGGGUCAACCCCAUCAUCCAGCCCACGGGCCUCGUCAAGACGCCCUGCGGACUCUGUCCGGUGUUUGAUGAUUGUCACGAGGGAGGAGAGAUCUCGCCAUCAAACUGCAUCUACAUGUCUGAGUGGCUGGACUUUUGACCAACCGUCUUCAAGGAUUUCCCCUUAGUCCCUCCCCUUCCUGUAUUUUCUCUGUGGAGAAAGAACUUGAGUUUCCUUUGUUGUAUUUUUUUGUUUGUUUGUUUGAUGACAAACAUGUGAAACGGACACUGCAGUGCAUCAGUGGGGAUCUCUUUUAUUUAAACUGAGCUACACUUGAACCUCAAAUGCCUUACAGCAACAUACCAACACAAACUAAGUAAAUAACUAAAUAAUGAAAAAUAAACACAAAAAUAGAGACGCAGCCUUUCCAGUGGUUCUGUUUUCAGUUUAAUCGUUCACAAGAUCAGAGCCAGAGUUCUGUGACCAGAUUACAGUUGGGGUCUGUACCCAGAUUACAGUUGGGGAUCUGUUAACAGAUUACAGUUGGGGCCUCUAUCCAGAUUACAAUUGGGGAUCUGUUAACAGAUUACAGUUGGGGCCUAUAACCAGAUUGCAAUUUGGGAUCUGUAAACAGAUUACAGCUGGGGCCUAUACCCAGAUUACAGUUGGGUUCUAUAACCAGAUUACAAUUGGGAUCUGUAAACAGAUUACAGCUGGGGCCUAUAACCAGAUUACAGUUGGGGUCUAUACCCAGAUUACAUUUGGGGCCUAUAACCAGAGGAGGCUUGAUUUGUUUGAUGUGAUGUCUGAAUUGUUUGGUAUCACUGUGGGGUGGAAAAGUUCACAUCCAGUUAGUCCAGGACCAAGGACCGGGAUCAGUUGUAGGAAUCUGCUCUGACCUUGGUCGGAGUAAACAUUUAUGGGCAGCUCGGUUUGUUGGACAUCGGGACUAAGUUGUUCAGGAUCGGAUCUUUCAGAGAGUUGCUGUCUUGUUUCCACCAGUGCACUGUCAUGACCUUGAGCACGGUGCCCAGAGGUCAUAGCCGAGUUGGAAAGUCAGCAUUGCUGAAUUUGAAGUAUACAUCUGCUUGACGAAGCACUCACACAGAAAUAUUGUAACCGUAAGCCUGCUUGUAGAAGCCCUCAUACACAAAUCUAAACCAUCAUCCUGCCUCUUGAGGCGCUCACAGAAAUGUAAACUAUAAACCUGCUUGUGGAAGUCAGAUGGGUCAGUGCUGUGUGAUUCUCUCCUGUUGUCUGACACGAGGGGAAACAAAUAAAUAAAUAUUUACAUAAACAUGGA